GGGCCGCCCUCUGCAGCAAAGAUGCGACUCAGAUAACAUCUCCAAAUUGUGGAUCUGCUUUUAGCGUUAUUGUUGUUACUAGCUUAUUGUUUAUCAAGUGCUUUCUCUAUAAAACGGCAAGACUGAACAGCUUAGGCCCGCUCCGAAACCCUGGAUUUUGAAUACAGGGAGGAGGGAGCUCGGCGGUGGAAUUCUGCGGCCGCAAGGAGGCCACAUCUUCCCAGCUUCUCGUUCGCUUGCAGACGCUCCCUUUUCCUGUAUGGUAGGGUUGAGAAAUGCCUCCCUCUCCCUUGCGCGGAGCCUCGGCGCCCAUGCGGAGGCGGGCCUUGUUGCCUUGGCGACAUCCCCAGCAGCCAAUAGAAGCUGGAGGGGCGGGUCCGGCCAGGUCCUGUGCUGCCAAGGCGGGGUUCGCAGGUGGGCGGUCUUGCCGGCCCCGGAAGUCUGAGAAGCAUGAAGCUCCUGUGUUUGGUGGCCGUGGUCGCAAGUCUGCUGGUGCUCCCAGCCCAAGCCAACAAGAGUUCUGAAGAUAUCCGGUGCAAAUGCAUCUGUCCACCAUAUAGAAACAUCAGUGGACACAUUUACAACCAGAAUGUGUCACAGAAGGACUGCAACUGCCUGCACGUGGUGGAGCCCAUGCCGGUGCCCGGCCACGACGUGGAGGCCUACUGCCUGCUGUGCGAGUGCAAGUACGAGGAGCGCAGCACCACCACCAUCAAGGUCAUCAUCGUCAUCUACCUGUCGGUGGUGGGCGCCCUCCUGCUCUACAUGGCCUUCCUGAUGCUGGUGGACCCUCUGAUUCGAAAGCCGGACGCCUACACUGAGCGGCUGCACAACGAGGAGGAGAACGAGGACGCGCGCUCUGUGGCGGCUGCCACCUUCUCCGGGCCCCGGGCGAACACAGUCCUGGAGCGCGUGGAGGGAGCGCAGCAGCGGUGGAAGCUGCAGGUGCAGGAACAGCGGAAGACAGUCUUCGAUCGGCACAAGAUGCUCAGCUAGGCAGCAGUGCCGCCGGGCCACGGUCAGGGCAGGGCCGGAGGCCACACGGAGCUGGCCACUCAGUGCUGCCCUCCGGGUCUCCCCCUUAAAGCCCGGGGCGUUUUUCCUUCUCUCUCUGUUUUGACAUGUGCUCAACUGCAUAAUCUAGGAAGAGCCCAUGGUCUCAGUUUGCCUGCGCAGGUGGUCUUCGGUGGGGAGGGCUGGGGGCCUCGGGACUGGAGCGACCCCGUCACCUUGCUCCCUCCUCGCCACCCUCCCAGCUCCAGACCUUGGGAGCUCGGUCAUCAGGAGCUGAGUGUGGGACGGGAAGGCACGGCCGGCUUCCUCCCGGCCCGACUCCUCGGCCCUGGCCCAGCCUCACUCCAGCCCUCGGGACGGCUCUGCGGGGAAGGCUGAUGCCACAGCGCGGCUGUCGUCCUCAGGGCACACCUGGACGCUGUUCCGGCUUCUCUCCCCCUUCCUCUUCUCCCCUCAAUGCAAGCAGAACCAAGGACCCUGCUCGCUCUGCCUCCUGGCCCCCGCUCCCACUUCGGAAGCCAGGCAGUGCCCCCCCCACCUCCCGCCCCGGUCUGCAAUUGCUGAGCCGUUGGUGGGACCACAGGACCCCGAGGCCGAGCGGUGGCUCUGCGCACCUGGGCUCCUAUCCGCAGAUUGACACUUGCCCCUGAAUUUCAUUGUACCAGUGCAUGGAGAGGAAUGUCAUCCUUCUGUUACCUGUAAAUCAAGGAAGCCUCCUGAAAUUGUCUUGUCUCACUUUGUGGAUCUCAAGAGACUUCAAGGACUACGAGUGUUUCACAAGUGGACCCAGAGAGGGGACAGGAGCGUUGUCCUUGAGGGGUCCAGGCAGAGAGGCAGGGCCCGCACAGUCCAGGUGGCUGUGGCGGACGGAGCCCACGGGGGGCCUGGGCGGGGUCGCUGCUCCUUUCAGGCUCCAUUCCCUGCAGGGGCAGUGGGUGAACUGGCCCUUAGGAACUACCCUGAGUUUGUGUUUCACCUUUGUGGGAGAGCCCCCUGAAACUCUGAACAGUGUCUGUUGGCAGUAUCUUACAGGUACAGUACGUGGCGCUCACUGAAAAGCCCAUAUGUUUCCCCAAAUGAAAACCAGCAGGUACUCAGGGGUGGGGGCAGCCAGGGAAAGGGUGCUGCCAGGAGAAGCUUCCAGGGGCCGCCAGGGCUGAGUCACAUCCAUCCGUCCGUCCCGGAAGUGUGGCAGGGGUGCAUCUGGGACCCAGGCAGGAACGGGCUUGGCGGCCCAGCUGGAUCUGAUGGAAUUUCUUCCCGCGGGGUUUGUCCAAGUCAACGUGUCGAGAAGGCUCCGUGUGGAGCCCUGAGCCAGGGUCUUGGUGGGGUGGGCAUUUCAGUUUGCAAAGAUGUGCCCAAGUUCAGAGCCAUGUACAGGUACUGAAGGGCACGGGCGGGGCUCCGGAGGAGCAGAGACUUGGGGUUGGCAUUGGAAGUGAGCGAGGGACGCAGUGGAGGGGCGGGGUUGACGGGUCCUGGGCCAGCGUGAGGCUUGCGGCGGGUUAGCGGGAGGUACGUGGGCCGCAGGUGGCCGCGCAGAGGACACGGUGCCGGCUGCGCCUCCGCCCUCGUUUGCCCGGCGUACGCUUGGUGCCGGGCAGGCCACCCGCUGCUUCAGAGGCCUCGGUGGGCCGCGAGUUCUUCCACGAUAGGGAUGCUUUCCAGCAGUGGGUAGAUGGGUGUGUCGGCUUAUCAAUCGCCAGUCCAGGACUUGGUGUCUCAGAUUGCCAGGUACUCCUCUAAGCCACACUGCCCAGGGGAGACCUCGAGUGCUGUUGUUUCUCUGCGUCUUGGUCGAGUCCUGCGGUGAUCUGACCCGUCGGGUAGUCUUAAGGAUCUGGUCUGUAGCAGGCCGCUGUUGUUAUCUGUAAAUAAGCCCAGUAUGUGAAAAUAAAUUAAUGUAAAAGGUCAGGAAUGAUUCUUCAGUGUCUUAAGGACUCAGCCAGGAACCCAGCCUCUCAAUGUGCUUUGACUUCGCACACACGCUGGUUUCGGACAACUACUCCCAGGGGUGCCUCGGUGCCUUCCUGUGCGUGACCUUGGAGCAGGGUCCCUGCAGCCAGCGCAGCAGAGGCCAGAGGAGCUGUUCCCCGCCUCACCUGAGAAAGAAGUGCUUGUGUUGUGUUCAGAAGUCCUGUUUGUCUCCCAUCCAACAGCCACACUGUUCUUCAAGGGUUUGUUCCCACCUGGGAAGAACUUGUUCGGUUUGGCCCUGGGGACCGAGCCUUGGAAUUGGUCAAGCGACACGUGCGGGGAACGGGGAGCGAGGGGCUGUCCCGCUCCUGGGCUCCCCCCUCCACCCCUAACCCGGACCAGCUCCUUCAUUCUCUGGCUUCCUUGCGUCAUUCUUAACCCUGCGAAUCCCCAACCACGGGUCUCCAGCCCAGCCUGUCCUGUUCCCAGCGCCCUCCCACUGCCCCCGCCCCUGCAUUUGGCAUUAACCCUAGGCAAGCUUCCUUCUCCCUAACGUGGGAAAUCUUGCCUCACUGCUUGGGGAAAAGCAAGGCCGUCAGGGGUGAUCUCACAAUUUCCUCAUCCCACCUGCAAUUUUCCUUCCUAUUAAUCCGACUGCUUUGACCUUGGAGAUUGCUUCCUGUUCCAGGCCAACCCACCCGUCCCUUCUCCCUGGGACCGCCAUCACCUCCAAGCUCGUCCUGUUGCCCGGUGCCGUCCAGCCUAUCAACACACUCAAGUCUCCCGUCCUGAAAGGCCCAUCUGUGGGCUCCACGCUCAGCUCUGGCUAUGGGGGUCCCUUCCCUGUCCCCACUCAGUCCCUCCCCCGAGCCCUCCACAGGUGGAGGUGCUGGUGAGUGUAACUGCUGGACCCAGAGCGCGUCCUCGGCUCGCGCCCUCCCAGCCCUUACGCUGCGCUGACACUGGAUCCUGCUCCCCAGAUAUGCGGCUUCCCGGGCCUCCCUGCUCAGACCGCUCAGCUCAAUGUACAAUUUAACGUGGAGGUUUUCUCCGAGGCUUUUCUCUCGGGUGGUUUCCUGACGUUAAUUCUAGAAUCUCCGACUCUAGCCCAGACCUGACCCCCAGCUCCAGAUCUACCUGGCUCUCAGCCGGACCCUCCCCGCUGGGGCCCACAGAGCCUGUCAAAAUCAGCACGUCCAAAAAUAAACGCAUCCUUGCCUGGAAA